UCUCCCCAGGGAGCCAGCCCGGCCUCGCAGAGCUACAGCUACCACUCGUCGGGGGAGUACAGCUCCGACUUCCUCACGCCCGAGUUCGUCAAGUUCAGCAUGGACCUCACCAACACCGAGAUCACGGCCACCACGUCCCUGCCCAGCUUCAGCACCUUCAUGGACAACUACAACACGAGCUACGACGUGAAGCCGCCGUGCUUGUACCAGAUGCCCCUGGGCGGCCAGCAGUCCUCCAUCAAGGUGGAGGACAUCCCGAUGCACAGCUACCAGCAGCAUGGCCACCUGCCCGCGCCGGCUGAGGACAUGAUGCCGCACUCGGGCUCCGUGUACUACAAGCCCUCGUCGCCGCCGACACCCUCCACGCCUGGCUUCCAGGUGCAGCACGGCCCCGUGUGGGAGGACCCUGGACCCCUGCACAACUUCCACCCCAACUACGUGGCCACCACACACAUGCUGGAGCAGCGCAAGACGCCCGUGUCGCGCCUCUCGCUCUUCUCCUUCAAGCAGUCGCCACCCGGCACGCCCGUGUCCAGCUGCCAGAUGCGCUUCGAGGGGCCGCUGCACGUGCCCAUGGGCGCGGAGCCGGCGGGGGCGCACCACACCGCCGAGGGGCCGCCGCCGCUGGCACCCGUGGGCAAGACGCGGAGACCUGGCGCAGGCGAGGGCCGCUGCGCCGUGUGCGGAGACAACGCGUCCUGCCAGCACUACGGCGUGCGCACCUGCGAGGGCUGCAAGGGCUUCUUCAAGCGCACGGUGCAGAAGAACGCCAAGUACAUCUGCCUGGCCAACAAGGACUGCCCCGUGGACAAGCGGCGCCGCAACCGCUGCCAGUUCUGCCGCUUCCAGAAGUGCCUGGCCGUGGGAAUGGUCAAGGAAGGUACGGCAGAGCCCCGCGGCGCGGGCGCUUGGGCUGGGAGCGCUGCUGAGAACAGCCCAAGUCAUUGCAUGGCGCCGGCCCCGCCGGGUGGGCAUCACGGGCGCCGCCGGCAUCCCCAGCACCGUGGGGUCCGGCGGGCGCUGACGCCGUGGCGGCAGUUCCAGGAGUCGGUGCCGUGCCAGUUUGAGAAGGAGGACUCGGUGGACGUGCAGCAGUUCUAUGACCUGCUCACGGGCUCCAUGGACGUGAUCCGCAAGUGGGCCGAGAAGAUCCAGGGCUUCGCCGAGCUGCCCCGCGAGGACCAGGACCUGCUGCUCGAGUCCGCCUUCCUGGAGCUCUUCAUCCUGCGCCUGGCCUAUCGCUCCAAGCCCGACGAGGGCAAGCUCAUCUUCUGCAACGGCGUCGUGCUGCACCGGCUGCAGUGCGUGCGCGGCUUCGGCGACUGGAUCGACGCCAUCCUGGAGUUCUCGCAGAGCCUGCACCGCCUCAACGUCGACGUGCCCUCCUUCUCCUGCCUCGCUGCCCUCGUCAUCAUCACGGAGCGGCACGGGCUGAAGGAGCCGCGGCGCGUGGAGGAGCUGCAGAAACGCAUCGGG